AUGAACGCUGAUAAACUCGCCAAGCUUCAAAACCAAGUCCGUAUUGGUGGCAAGGGUACUCCCCGUCGUAAGGUCAAGAAGACCAGCGGUAAGACCUCUUCCGGUGAUGACCGUAAGCUCUCUGCUGCCCUUCAAAGCUUGAAGGUUCAACCCAUUGCUGGUGUUGAAGAAGUCAACAUGUUCAAGGAUGAUGGCAAGGUUAUCCACUUCAAUAACCCUCGUGUCCAAGCUGCUCCUAACGCCAACACCUUCGCCAUCCACGGCCGCUCUGUUGAAAAGGAAAUGGCUGAACUUCUUCCUUCCAUCUUGAGACAAUUGGGCCCUGACUCCAUGGCUGCCCUUAAGCAACUCGCCGAAUCUUUCAAGCAAGCCCAAGGUGGUGAAGCCGCUGGUGCUGAUGAUGAUGAAAUCCCCGAUUUGGUUGAAAGCUUCGACAAGGUUGAUGUUGAAGAAAAGAAGGAAGAGAACGAAGAAAAGAAGGAAGAAGCCUCUGCUUAA